CGAUCAACAGGAUAAGGAUAAAACUGGCGGCAAACUUUUGUUUGGGUUUAUUGACUUUUCCUCAAGAUGGCUUGUCACGCACACGAGGAAGCUCUUCAGAUGAUCAUAGACAGCGAGGAAGAGUUCACUUGUUCGUCAGAGUCAGAAGAUGAUGAAGACAUUGAUGACGAAGGCCUGCAUCCAGCGCAGGACACGUUUUCUGAAGAAUGUGAGCGUGACAGUGAUCAGAUUCCUGUUUUAAAGACAGCCAAGACUCUGUCAUGGAGAAAAGAGACUGAUGACGAUGUGGCUCCAAAGUCUCGGAGAUUCGUGCCGGCUCGGGAACCUGGGCCGCAGUUGAGUCUGGCUGACUCGCACCCUCCUAUGAGUCUUUUCAAACUGUUUUUCUCAGAGAGUGUCGUGUCCAAUCUGUGCCACAACACAAACGCUCAGGCUGCCAGGGCACUCGCAAAGGGUCGCAAAUACAGUUGGGCAGAUGUCAGUGUUGGCGAGCUGUACCGCUAUAUUGGACUCAUUUUCUACAUGGCCAUGGUGAAGAUGGGCUCCAUCGCUGACUACUGGCGACAGGACAGUCUGUUCUCUGUGCCUUUUCCCGCCACAGUCAUGUCUAGGGACCGAUACCGCACCAUUUCGUGGAAUUUGCACAUAAGUCACCCAGAUGCAGAUAAGGAAAAUGACAAAAAGAGGGGCACAACUGAACAUGACCAGCUUUUCAGGGUCAAACCCCUCAUGGACUCCAUCCGUCUUGCUUGCAAAGCCUUUUAUCAUCCCAGAAGAAAUUUAGCUGUGAAGGAAAGACUGGUAGCAUCCAGAGCAAAUCCAGGAAUGAGAAGAUUCAUGAAAGUCAAGCCAGCAAAGCUGGGCUUCAAGUUUUUUGUCCUGGCGGACUCAUCGAAUGGAUAUACUGUGGACCUCUCUGUGUACACGGGCAAGAACGUCUUUCCCACAGGCCGUGGGAUUUCUUAUGAUGCUGUGAUGUCUCUCCUGGACAAGAAAGUUUUGGGCUCUGGGUACCAUGUGUACAUGGACGAUUUCUACACAAGUCCAAAGCUCUUAACAGACUUGUUUGCUAUGAAGUUUGGUGCUUGUGGGACUUACAGAGACUCUAGGGAAGACUUUCCACAGAGCUCAUCUAAUUCACUGACCAAAAAGUCCACCAGGGGAUCCAUCAGGUGGAUUCGAGAUGGGCCUCUAGUGUGUGUGAAGUGGAUGGACAAACAAGAGGUGUCCGUUUGUUCCACCAUCCAUGCUGCCUAUACUGGAGGCCGUGUGCAACGACAAGUGAAAGCACAUGAUAAACGGAGGACAAAGUCUUUUCCAUGUCCUGCGCCAGUUGCCGCGUACAACCAGCACAUGACAGGUGGUGACCCUUCCGACCAGCUGUUGCAGUACUACACUGCACAGCACAAAACCAUGAAGUGGUACAGAAAAGUCUUUCUACAGUUCUUGGACGUUGCUGCCACCAACGCUUUCAUAUUGCACCAGGAGCUACACGGUAACAUGACGCACAAGGUGUUUAUGGAAGAACUUAUUGCAGAGCUCUGCGGUGUGUCUGAGAAAGCAGAUCCAAAACUGACUAGUAAUGACCAUGUGCCGGUUCCAGGAGCUGAGCUGACCUCUGAUGUCAGAAAUAUUGCCACUGCUGGUCGCCGCAUAUGCGUGCAUUGCAAAGCAGUGCGUGGCAAGAAGCAACAAACACCAUGGAAAUGCCAGGCAUGUGACGUUCAUUUGUGUCUUCAGUUACAUAGGAACUGUUUCCAGGAAUGGCACAACAAUUUUUGAGUGUUCAAACCUGGGUGCACAAAAAUGUGCCUUAAAGGGUUAGUUCACCCAAAAAUGAAAAUUAAGUCAUUAAUUACUCACCCCCAUGCUGUU